GGCUCGGCGGAGCUCGCGCUGCCUUCCAACAGUAGCUGCGCUCGCUCCUCCUGCACCAGACCGCCCUGCUCCUCUCCGCCACUCGGAGGGCGCAGCCCCAGCCUCAGCAGCAGCAGCAGCCGCAUCAUGCAGCAGCCGCCGGCUCCAGCUGCUGCCCUCUUGCUAGUCCUGCUGGCUACAGACUCCUCGCAGACUAUGCUGCUCCACAGAACCCGGGAGGAGGCUUCGCAGUUCCUUCGGCAGAGGCACCGCCGAGCCUACCAGAUUUUCGAAGAGACCAAGCAAGGCCAUCUGGAGCGGGAGUGUGUGGAGGAGCUCUGCAACAAAGAGGAAGCCCGGGAGGUGUUUGAGAACGACCCUGAGACGGAUUAUUUUUACCCGCGAUAUUUGGGAUGUAUUAGGAGGUAUGGGUCACCAUAUACAAGAAAUCCAAAUUUCCAUACAUGUGUGCAUAAUUUGCCAAAUCAGUGUUUGCCUAGUCCAUGUCAUAAAGACGGUACGAAAACAUGUGACGACUUGAAAGGCGGAUUCCUUUGCCGCUGCAAACCAGGCUGGCAAGGAGAAAAAUGCAAUGAAGAUAUUAACGAAUGUGCCGAGCAGAAUGGUGGCUGUAGACAUAUCUGUUACAACACACUUGGCAGCUAUCGCUGUGCUUGUAAUAAUGGGUUUGAACUCGUGGAUGACAAUAAAAGUUGCAAAGAUAUAGAUGAAUGCACAGUAUCACCAGGCAUCUGUGGAGAAGCUCAGUGUAAAAACGUGAUAAGCUCUUAUUCGUGUGUCUGUGAUGAUGGCUAUGUUUAUGAUGAUGUCAGAAAGGUUUGUGAAGAUGUGGACGAGUGUGAACAGAAAUACUGUGAGCAAGCAUGCGUCAAUUUGCCAGGAAGUUACAGCUGCCACUGCAAUGGAAGAGGUGGAGUAAAACUUUCCAAGAACAUGAACACCUGUGAGGACAUUUUGCCCUGUGUAUCUUUCGCUGCUGCAAAAAGCGUUAAAUCCCUCUAUCUUGGAAGAAUGUUUAGUGGUACACCUGUUAUCAGACUACGUUUUAAAAGAAAACAACCAACGCGACUUGUGGCUGAAUUUGACUUUAGAACCUUUGAUCCUGAAGGCAUCCUUUUCUUUGCUGGAGGCCAUCGAGACAGUACAUGGAUUGUCUUGGCUUUGCGCAAUGGACGGCUAGAGUUGCAACUGAAGUACAAUGGAAUAGGCCGUGUGACCAGCAGUGGACCAAUGAUCAACCAUGGAAUGUGGCAGACAAUAUCUGUGGAAGAGCUGGAGAGAAGUUUGGUUAUAAAAGUCAAUAAGGAUGCAGUUAUGAAGAUAGCUGUCUCAGGGGAUUUGUUUACUCUGGACAGAGGACUUUAUCAGCUGAACCUAACAGUGGGAGGUGUUCCUUUUAAGACUAAAGAUCUUGUCCAGCCUAUUAACCCACGAAUGGACGGGUGCAUGAGGGGCUGGAAUUGGCUGAAUGGCGAGGAUAUGACCAUCCAAGAGACAGUGAGAGUGAAUGAUAAGAUGCAGUGCUUUGCGGUUGCAGGAAGAGGCUCCUUCUACCCUGGCAAUGGUUUUGCUGUGUUUAAUUUCAGCUAUGCCCAACCACUUGACACCAAUGAAACAGUGAAGCAAUGGGAAGUAAAAGUAAAUAUUCUGAUUCGACCAGCCACAGAUACUGGGGUGCUCUUUGCCCUCAUCAGCAGUGAAGCAACAGUCCCUUUAUCAGUGGCUCUGAUUGACUAUCAUUCCACCAAGAAACUUAAACAACAGUUCAUUGUCUUGGCAGUGAAGAACACAGUGGUGUGCAGACUGGCAGUAAGCAUUUGUGAUGAACAGGAACACUUGAUUGACAUCUCCAUUGACAGAGGUCAAAUAUUGAUGACUGUGGAUGGCACUGCAGGACAGAGUGAACUAAGCCAUUCGCAGCUAGAAGAAAAUUUGUCUCUCUUGGAUAAUUACCUGCAAUCAUCUGUGAAGACCUAUGUGGGAGGAUUGCCAGAUGUUCCUGUCACUUCAACUCCAGUCACCGCUUUCUACCGUGGCUGCAUGACAGUCAAAGUUAACAAGCAAGCUGUGGAUCUAGAUGAAGCUGUCUACAAGUCCAAUGACAUCACAUCUCAUUCUUGUCCUCCAAUAGAGACUGGUCAAUAGAUGCCACUGCAACACACACAAACGUUUUAUAUUCAGAAAAGUCCCAUUUCAAUGCUUUCCUUUAUAUAUAUAAAUAUAUAAAUAUAAAUAUAAAUAAGAUAUAAAUUAUUCAGACUUCCAGCACUGCGUGUAUAGUUCUCUUGAACACUGAAGUUAUGUAGGAGCUACUGAAACUCGUGUGUCAGAUUAAUUAUUGAAAUAUUUCUUUGCUUGGGAGGGUUUCAAAGAUGUAAUAUAUUUGUAAAUAGUUGAGAAAACUGAUAUUAAUAACCCAAAGCUGCAAAUUAUUGCCGAAGGUGAGUUGUUAAGAGGCAGGUCAUACCUGCCAUGUGGCAACUGGUAAUAUAUUCUGAGUGGACUGGAAGAUUAAAAAAUAGUUCUGUAUUUUUUUAUUACCAAAUGCUGCUUACUGACUUAAUGAAAUAUGAAAGAAUAAAAUAUAAGAACUUUUUUUGGACUUA